AUGUCUGACGACGACUUCAUGCUAGAGUCGGACGAGGAGCAGUACGAUUUCGAAUAUGAGGACGACGACGAGCAAGACUCCGGAGAUGUCGACAUCGAGAACAAAUACUACAAUGCCAAACAGACAAAGUCCAGCGACCCGGACGCUGCGAUAGAGGAAUUCCUUGCCAUCCCCCAGCUGGAGUCAGAGAAGGGAGACUGGGGUUUUAAGGGCCUGAAGCAAGCUAUCAAGCUGGAGUUUCGCGUUGGCAAGUAUGACAAGGCUGUCGAGCACUACACCGAACUGCUCACCUACGUCAAAUCCGCUGUUACCCGCAACUACUCCGAAAAAUCCAUCAACAACAUGCUAGACUACAUCGAGAAGGAAGCCGAGAACGAAGCCGCGCAGAGAUGCAUGGAGCAGUUCUACUCGCUGACUCUGAACUGUUUCCAAAGCACAAACAACGAGAGACUAUGGCUGAAGACCAACAUAAAGCUUGCCAAGCUCUUGUUGGAUCGCAAGGAGUAUCUCGCGGUUACCAAGAAGUUGCGUGAGCUCCAGAAGGCCUGCCAACGGGAGGAUGGCUCGGACGACCCGAGCAAAGGCACAUAUUCCUUGGAGAUAUACGCGCUCGAGAUCCAGAUGUAUUCCGAAACCCGCAACAACAAGCAGCUCAAGGUCCUGUACCAAAAGGCACUUAAGGUGCGCUCUGCGGUACCUCACCCAAAGAUUAUGGGCAUCAUCCGCGAAUGCGGUGGCAAGAUGCACAUGAGCGAAGAGAACUGGAAGGACGCCCAGUCCGACUUUGGCGAGUCCUUCCGCAGCUACGACGAGGCCGGCUCUCUGCAGAGAAUCCAGGUCCUCAAGUACCUACUCCUCUGCACCAUGCUGAUGAAGUCCGACAUCAACCCCUUCGACUCGCAAGAGACGAAACCCUACCGUAAUGACCCCCGCAUAGCCGCAAUGACAGAGUUGGUGGAGGCUUACCAGCGAGACGACAUGCACAAGUACGUCAGCGUACUGAAGAAGAACCAGGAUAUUCUGGCCGAUCCGUUCAUCGCCGAGAACAUUGACGAGGUCACCCGUAACAUGCGGACCAAGGCCAUCGUUAAACUGAUCGCACCGUACACACGAAUGAAGCUCGCCUGGAUCGCCCGACAACUCAAUAUCUCCGAGGCGGAGGUCCAGGACAUCCUCGGGUUCCUGAUCGUGGACAGCAAGAUUCGAGGCAAGAUCGACCAGCAAGCCGGCAUUCUGGAGGUCGAAUCCGACGGUGACGUCGAGAGGGUGCAAGCUAUGCGGACCUGGGCCGGAGCUCUAGCAGGCUUGUACUCUACCGUAUUCAAGGAAGGCGAGGGCUUCCGGCACGCCGAAUUACUUGCCCAGACUGGUGACGGAGGCCUAGGCACUAUGUUCUCCUCGGAAGGAGGCAGACCCAGCAGAGCAGCUGCCGGAAAAGGCAAGAAAGGCGGCAAAGGGGCCAUGUGGGCUACAACGGGCAACUAG